CUUCUCCUUCGACCUCGUUAACCCGCCCUUUCUCGCACACCUUCUCUGCUCCGCCUUUUUUGUUUUCCACUUUACACUUCACACUGUUACUCGCAGAACGCAAAGAACCAUGUCUUCCGCCGUUGCCAGUGCAGAGGGCAAGCUGGAGGUGCACAUAAUUGGCGGCCGCAAUCUGCCCAACCGCACUCGCUUCGGCAAGCAGGACUCGAUAGUCGAGCUUGCCAUCGGCACGACCAAGAAGCGGACCCAGGUCGACAAAAAGGGCGGUGCCACGCCGCAGUGGAACGACCGCCUGUUUUUCUCCAUCGGCGGGCUCGGGAAGACCCAGCUGAUGGUCAGGGCGCUGGAGCUCGACGGCCCCCACAAGUUUGAGGAUAUUGGGUCGUGCGUGGUCGACCUGGCGAGGAUCUUUGAGGAGGAGGAGGUUGACGGAUGGUAUGCGCUGAAGCAUAAAGAGAGGCCUGCUGGUCAGAUCUACAUCGAGUUCACCUACACGCCAAGGGAUGGCCGGAAACGACCCAGCAAAGCGGAUCUUGCGGAGGAAGACGAGCUCGACACAACGAUUCCGGCUGUGGCCCCGAAGGUCAGCACACCGGCCGAUACAUUGGCAUCAGCGCCCUCGCCGCUGCCGCCCCAAACCCUCAAUGGUAAUUCUCAGCCAGGCACGGCAAACACUGCCCCGUCAGGGAAGGCUUCUGGUGCCCCUGCGCGGCCAGCGCUGAGCGAGGUGCGGCCGUACUCGUCUGCCUCAGGGUACCGACCCGAGCUGGUUGCCCAGUACGCCAACAAGCACGGCAAGAAGCCACUGCCAGUGCCGGUGGCCAGCGGGACGAUUUCAGGCGGCAUGCCACCGGCCAUGAUGCCCAUGGGCACGCAGUUUGGCCAGACCAUGCUGCCGGGCCAAUUUGCUAUGGGCCAGCCCAACAUGUUCGGGACCAUGGCCAAUAAUGUGAGUCAGCCUGUGGUCCCCGUACCACCCAUGGCCGGAAUGCAAGGCCAGGUGCCGCAGCCCAUGGGAACCCCGCAGCUAAUGAACCUGUUCUCGCCCCCAAACUCUAGCGACAUGGCUGUGCAGGGAAAGGUGCUGCCACAGCCGCCAGAGCCCGUGCCGGCAUUCAACCCGGCGUAUAUGGGCGCCAGCAUUGCUGCCCAGCCAGCGGCGGCUGCACCACCUGCCCCGUCAAAGGUCUUGCCUCAACCACCAGUCGCUCCCAACAGCCGAGUCACCAACAUGGGUCUCGCUGAUCAGCCUGCCGGAUAUCCAGCGCCUAACCAGUCUCCAGGCCACAUCCAGCAGCAGCCAAUGGUUCAGCAGCAGCCACCGCCACAGCCACAGCAGAUUAUGACGAUGUCGCAGCCGGCCAACAUGUCGAGUAUCAGCCUGCCGCAGAUGCAGUUUCCGAACGAUUCAAUGAUGUUUGUGCCCGACCCGAUGAUGUCCAAUGCUGGCGGAUUCAUUCCUGGUGGUGCCACGCCUGUGCCUAUGAUGAUGAUGCAAGGCCAACCACAGAUCCAGCAGAUGACAGCGGCUUCACAAAUGCAGCUACAACCGGCCAUCUACGGCACUAUGCAGCCGCAGAUGCAGACCAUGUACCAGCAAGCCGACCUGCAAAUGCAGAUGGUGCCCCCCCAGAUGGUGCCCCCCCAGAUGAUGCAACCCCAGAUGAUGUACCCGCCCGGCGCCGUGCCUGAUCCUAGUGCCCCACCAAUGAUGAUGUCGUAUGAGAACCUACAGUUCUCCCAGCCAAAUUUCCAGCAACCGCAGCAGCCACAGCAGCCGCAGCCGCAAUUCAACCCGGCUGCCUAUGGAAUGCAGCAGCAGUACUACCCGUCGUCAUAGGAAGUAGAUAAUCAAGACAUACAUGCACUGCCCCUUGUAGAUGAUAUUUAAAAUGCUGUUCUUUUUCUCCAAAACCUAAACCCCAUCGUUCUUGCAAUGCUAUACACCAUAAACCAUC